GCCGUCCCGCGCACGGUUGCGCUUUUUUUCCCAGGAUCCCUCGCGGCUCCGGAAGUCGUCCGGCCUGCUGGGCGUGGGAGAGGAGGCCGCGUUGGAGGCCUGCGCUUUCCUGCUGGGGCCGGGGCUGCUGCGGCUUGGCGACGAUGCCGACCGGGGACUACGACUCCAAGCCCAGUUGGGCAGACCAAGUGGAAGAAGAAGGAGGAGACGAUGACAAAAGCAUCACCAGCGAACUACUGAAAGACAUUCCCCUGAGUGGGGUGCUUAGCGCGGAACGAGCCGCUGAGCCGGAGCUGGUGAAAGGAGAACCCCUCCCCUCCCCCAAGGAGCUGAUCAACGGCAAUAUCAAAACAGUGACCGAAUACAGGGAAGAGGAGGAUGGGCACAAGGUGAAAAUUAUUCGCACAUUUCGGAUUGAGACCCGGAAGGCGUCCAAGGCCGUGGCGAGGCGAAAGAACUGGAAGAAGUUCGGCAACUCGGAAUAUGACGCUCCGGGCCCAAACGUGGCCACGACCACCGUGAGCGAUGACGUCUUCAUGACUUUCAUUACCAGCAAGGAGGACUUGAACUGCCAAGAGGAGGAAGACCCCAUGAACAAGCUGAAAGGGGGGAAGAUCGUGUCCUGCCGUAUCUGCAAGGGCGACCACUGGACCACUCGCUGCCCUUACAAAGACACUCUGGGCCCCAUGCAGAAGGAGCUGGCGGAGCAGCUGGGGCUGUCCACAGGCGAGAAGGAGAAGGUGCCAGGAGAACCCGAGCCAGUCCAAGCCCAGCAGAGCAAGACCGGGAAAUAUGUGCCUCCCAGCCUGAGGGAUGGAGCCAGCCGCAGAGGGGAGUCCAUGCAGCCCAACCGGAGAGCGGAUGACAACGCCACCAUCCGGGUCACCAACCUCUCCGAGGACACCCGAGAGACCGACCUGCAGGAGCUCUUCCGCCCUUUUGGGUCCAUCUCCCGCAUCUACUUGGCCAAGGACAAAACCACCGGCCAGUCCAAGGGCUUUGCCUUCAUCAGCUUCCACCGCCGCGAGGACGCUGCCAGGGCUAUUGCCGGGGUGUCUGGCUUUGGCUACGAUCACCUGAUCCUAAAUGUGGAAUGGGCCAAGCCUUCCACCAACUGAAACCUGCCGCCUCGCACCGUCCCUCGGCAAUAAUGGCUUCCUCCCGUUCUGACCAGAGGUGUCGGGCGAUAAUAAAGGUUCAGCUCACUCUC